GCAGCCCACAGACGCCCCGACACGCACCAAACCCUGCGCUCCAACUCCCUCAGAGUGGGUCCUGAUCUUCUGUUCUGGAGGAAAACCGGACCAGAGAACAUCUGGGACCUGCUGAGGACUUUUUAAUUUGUUCCUACAUCACCUGCCAAACAUUUACAAACGACCAGAAGAAACCAAGCAUCUUGUUUUUGGAGUUAAAGGAGUUGUUCUGCUGGAGGAUGCAGGAGCGGGCGGAGUGAAGCAGCCCGGUGCGCACUUUCUUUUCCCGGGUGGAGUGACGCGCAACAGUCCGGCGCUCCUGGAAGAGACGCAGCCGUUUUCUCCGUAUUUACUCCCGCUGCUCUUCUCCUUCAUCAUUUCUGUGUUUGGAUUUUAACCCAGCGGGCUCGAUCAGAGGUCGCAGCGCGGAGUUUCUCCGCUCAUGGACCCGCUGCUCUGCGCCUCCUCUUCGGACCAGAGAGCGGGACACAGCGGGAUGUGGUGACGGGAAAGGAGAGAUUUAAACCCGCAGCUUUUAGCGCAGGACUUUCACAUCUGGUAUACUGGGCCAGUUAGCAGCAGGAUCAGGAUGAGAAGAUGGCUGGCUAUGUGUUUCCAAUGGGACCAGAGAGCUUUAAGCGCUUCACGCCGGACUCCCUGGCGGCCAUUGAACAGCGCAUCGCUCAGGAGGAGGCUAGGCGCAAUAAGCAAUACCAGGAGGACCUGGGCGAUGUGGAGCUCCCCCGGCCCCGGCCCGACCUGGAGGCAGGAAAACAGCUGCCCCGGAUCUUUGCUGACAUCCCGUCUCACCUGGUGGGCGUUCCCCUGGAAGACAUCGACCCGUACUACUUCAAGGACAAGAGGACUUUCAUAGUGCUGAACAAAGGAAAGGCCAUCUUCCGUUUCAGUGCCACAUCAGCCCUCUACAUGUUCAGCCCGUUCCAUCCCAUCCGCAAACUUGCCAUCAGGAUCCUGGUCCAUUCUUUGUUCAGUUUGUUCAUCAUGUGCACCAUCCUGACCAACUGCUGCUUCAUGGCCAUGUCGGAGCCGGCCAACUGGGCCAAAUACCUGGAGUACACCUUCACAGGUAUCUACACCUUCGAGUCCCUCAUAAAGAUCCUGGCCAGAGGGUUCUGCAUGGGCCCCUUCACCUUCCUGAGGGACCCCUGGAACUGGCUCGACUUCAGCGUCAUCGUCAUGGCAUAUGUCACUGAGUUUGUGGACCUGGGUAAUGUGUCAGCCUUAAGGACGUUCAGGGUGCUGCGAGCGCUCAAAACCAUCUCUGUCAUCCCAGGCCUCAAGACGAUCGUUGGGGCUCUGAUCCAGUCGGUGAAGAAGCUCGCUGAUGUGAUGAUCCUCACAGUUUUCUGCCUGAGUGUCUUCGCCCUCAUCGGCCUGCAGCUCUUCAUGGGAAACCUGCGACAGAAAUGCGUCCGCAGCACGGAGCACUGCAUCAAUGGUAGCCUGCCGGCCAACACCUCCUUCUUCUGCAAUAACAAGACCUGGACCUCCAUAAAGGACUUCAUUGAAGAUGAAGAUAAUUUCUACAAAGUGGAAGGAGCCAAGGAUGCCUUAAUCUGCGGGAACAGCAGCGACGCAGGAAAGUGUCCAGAUGGGUUUGACUGUCUGAAAACAGGAAGAAAUCCAAACUACGGAUACACCAGCUUCGACACGUUCGGAUGGGCCUUCCUGUCGUUGUUCCGGCUGAUGACCCAGGACUACUGGGAGAACCUCUACCAUCAUACGCUGCGGUCAGCCGGUAAGACCUACAUGGUGUUCUUCGUGGUGGUCAUCUUCCUGGGCUCCUUCUACCUGAUCAACCUCAUUCUAGCCGUGGUUGCCAUGGCGUACGAGGAGCAGAACCAGGCCACCAUCGCCGAGGCGUGUCAGAAGGAGCGCGAGUUCCAGCAGGCAAUGGAGAGACUUAAGAAAGAGCAGCAGAUCGCUGCACAGAAACCACCUGACUCUGAUUCCCUGACGUCUCCAGACCUCUCACCGCUUGGCCCGCCAUUGGACAGCUCCGAGGAGCGGAGGCGGAGCCAAGCGCUGAUGGGUGUGGCUGAACGGGAGGGAAACCUGUCAGAGGAAAAGCUGCUGCAAGUGGACUUGAUGGACGGAGGAAAGGCCCUCCAUCCUCUCCUCGCUCGCUCCUUCUCCACGAGGACUCGACGAAGCAGUCAGGUCUCAUCCAUCUUUAACUUCCGGCUGAGGAGCCGAGGGUCGGAAGGGGAGAUGGCUGACGAUGAAUUCAGCGUCCCGGGUGAUGUUGUGGAGGGCGUCGAAGGCAGAACAUACAGCGGGGGAACUUUCAGUGGUAUCCUGCCCAAUCCAUGGCCCAAACGGAGACUGAGCACCUACAGCACAGCCAGCAGGAACUCCCAGGUGUUUUAUCCAACCCUGAACGUCAACGGGAAGCUGUUUGUCUCCAUGGAUCAGAACGGGCUUUCCCCUCCGCCGCUUCAGGGGCAGUUGUCUGCGUGCACUAUGGAGAAGGUCAAGGAGGAGAGUGUCCCAACGUCCACCACAGAACUCAGUACGAUGCUGUUACCUCGACCUUCAUCCACACAGGGAUCAGAGCGGAGGGGGAGGGCACUGAGUGCUGCCAGCUACCUGACAGACGUCAUGGAGGAACUCGAGGAGUCCCAUAAGAAAUGUCACCCCUGCUGGUACGUCUUCGCCCACCACUACCUGGUGUGGGAGUGCUCCCCCUCCUGGCUGAGGCUGAAACAGCUGGUAAAGAUCAUGGUGAUGGACCCCUUUCUGGACCUGGCCAUCACUGUCUGUAUCGUCCUCAACACAUUGUUCAUGGCCAUGGAGCAUUAUCCCAUGACGGAGGAGUUCAAUGGAAUGCUGACCAUCGGAAACCUGGUGUUCUCAGGGAUCUUCACAGCAGAAAUGGUGCUGAAGAUCAUUGCUUUGGAUCCGUACUACUACUUCCAGACAGGCUGGAACAUCUUCGACAGCAUCAUCGUCUGCCUCAGCCUCAUGGAGCUCGGUCUGUCUGACGUGGAGGGCCUCAGCGUUCUGCGUUCCUUCAGGCUGCUGCGUGUCUUCAAGCUCGCUCGCUCCUGGCCAACUCUCAACACCCUCAUUAAGAUCAUCGGGAACUCUAUGGGCGCCCUUGGCAAUCUGACGCUGGUCCUCGCCAUCAUCGUCUUUAUCUUCGCUGUGGUGGGCAUGCAGCUGUUUGGGAAGAACUACCAGGAAUGUGUGUGUAAGAUCUCGAAGGACUGCGUUCUCCCUCGCUGGCACAUGAAGGACUUCUUCCACUCCUUCCUCAUCGUCUUCAGAGUGCUGUGUGGCGAGUGGAUCGAGACCAUGUGGGACUGCAUGGAGGUGGCGGGCCAGCCGCUCUGCCUCCUCGUCUUCAUGCUGGUCAUGGUUAUCGGAAACCUGGUGCUGCUGAACCUCUUCCUGGCUCUGCUCCUCAGCAGCUUCAGCUCCGACAACCUCUCCUCUCCAGAUGAAGACGGGGAGAUGAACAACCUGCAGAUCGCCAUCCGCAGGAUCACCCUAGGACUGGGCUGGUGCCGCCGACAGGUGGUGGAUUUCUUUAAUGGGAACCUGAAACGGCGCCGUCAGAAAAGGAAAGAGGCCAAAGCAAUGAUGAAGCUGAAACGGCUGAGCACCAUACACACUGAGGCCAACGGAGCCAUCAUCGGCCGUCAUGUGGAGAAGUACGUGGUGCCGGAGGACGACAGCUACAUGACCAACCCCAACCUGACCAUCAGCGUUCCCAUCGCCCCCGGAGAGUCUGACGUGGAGUUCCCAGAGGAGGAGGAGGAGGAGGAAGAGGAGGAGGAAGGUCAGGAGGAGCAGAGCGAAGGUUCAGAAGGAGACGAGGAGGGAGAGGAGGAGCAGAAGGAAGAAAUCAGCCUAUCAGAAGGCAGCACGGUGGACCUGAGGAAGCCUGGAGAGGAAGAGGAUGAGUUCUCGGAGAUGGCUGAAGAGGCCAUGGACCCUGAUAACUGCUUCCCAGAUGUGUGCGUGUCCAGGUUCCAGUGCUGCGACAUCGACACCACGGCGGGCCUCGGUCAGAUGUGGUGGAGAACCAGGAAGACCUGUUACCAGAUCGUAGAGCACAGCUGGUUCGAGUCCUUCAUCAUCUUCAUGAUCCUUCUCAGCUCGGGAGCUCUGGCCUUCGAGGACAUCUACAUCGAGCAGAGAAGGGUCGUCAAGGUGGUGCUCGAAUAUGCUGACAAGAUCUUCACCUACAUCUUCAUCCUGGAGAUGCUGCUCAAGUGGCUCGCCUACGGCUUCAAGAAGUACUUCACCAACUACUGGUGCUGGCUCGACUUCCUCAUUGUCGAUGUUUCUCUGAUCAGUUUGGUGGCCAACACGUUGGGUUAUUCCGACUUGGCAGCCAUCAAAUCCCUGCGGACACUUCGGGCCCUGCGGCCCCUCAGAGCCCUCUCCAGAUUUGAAGGCAUGAGGGUAGUGGUGAACGCUCUAAUCGGGGCGAUUCCCUCCAUUAUGAAUGUGCUGCUGGUCUGCCUCAUCUUCUGGCUCAUCUUCAGCAUCAUGGGCGUCAACCUGUUUGCUGGAAAGUUCGGCCGCUGCAUCAACCGCACUGGCUACAUCUACGAGGCCUCCCUCAUCAACAACAAGUCCGAGUGCGAGGCCUCCAAUGACAGCUCGCAGCACUACUGGACCAAAGUCAAGGUGAACUUCGACAACGUUGGUGCCGGAUACCUGGCUCUGCUGCAAGUGGCAACAUUUAAAGGCUGGAUGGACAUCAUGUACGCUGCUGUGGACUCCAGAGCUGUUGAGGAGCAGCCCAUCAAGGAGAUCAAUCUGUACAUGUACCUGUACUUCGUCAUCUUCAUCAUCUUUGGCUCCUUCUUCACCCUCAACCUCUUCAUUGGUGUCAUCAUCGACAACUUCAACCAGCAGAAACGAAAGAUGAGAGGACAGGACAUCUUCAUGACGGAGGAGCAAAAGAAGUACUACAACGCCAUGAAGAAACUGGGCUCCAAGAAGCCUCAGAAACCUAUCCCAAGGCCUCUGAACAAUCUGCAAGGCUUCUUCUUCGACCUGGUUGGGAAGCAGGCCUUCGACAUCAUCAUCAUGGUGCUGAUCCUCCUUAAUAUGAUCACCAUGAUGGUGGAGACGGAUGAGCAGUCGCCUCAGAUGGAGAAGAUCCUGUACUACGUCAACCUGGCCUUCAUCGUCAUCUUCACCACCGAGUGCAGCAUCAAGAUCAUGGCGCUGCGCUGCUACUUCUUCACAAUCGGCUGGAACAUCUUCGACUUUGUGGUUGUCAUCCUCUCCAUCGUUGGCAUCGUGCUGGCUGAUAUCAUUGAAAAGUAUUUUGUGUCGCCCACCCUGUUCCGAGUAAUCCGACUGGCCCGCAUCGGACGGGUUCUGCGCCUCAUCAGAGGAGCGAAGGGCAUUCGGACGUUACUGUUCGCCCUCAUGAUGUCGCUUCCUGCCCUCUUCAACAUCGGGCUUCUCCUCUUCCUCGUCAUGUUCAUCUACGCCAUCUUCGGCAUGGCUAACUUUGCCUACGUGAAGCGGCAGGGGGGGAUUGACGAUAUGUUUAACUUUGAGACGUUUGGGAACAGCAUGCUCUGUUUGUUUCAGAUCACCACCUCUGCAGGAUGGGACAGCCUGCUCAACCCCAUCCUCAAUAACUCCCCUGAGGAGUGCGACCCUCACCUCCCCCAUGUUGGCACCACAGUCAAGGGAAAUUGUGGGAACCCAUCGGUGGGCAUCACCUUCUUUGUCACCUACAUCAUCAUCUCCUUUCUCAUCGUUGUUAACAUGUACAUCGCUAUCAUUCUGGAGAACUUCAGUGUGGCUACGGAGGAAAGCACAGAACCUCUGAGUGAGGAUGAUUUUGAGAUGUUCUACGAGGUUUGGGAAAAGUUCGACCCAGAAGCCACGCAGUUCAUGGAGUACUCUAAACUGUCGGACUUUGCAGACUCUCUUUUAGAGCCUCUCCGCAUCGCCAAGCCCAACAAGAUCAAACUUAUCUCAAUGGACCUGCCCAUGGUCAGCGGUGACAAGAUCCACUGCCUGGACAUCCUCUUCGCUUUCACCAAGCGCGUCCUUGGUGAGUCGGGGGAGAUGGAUGCCCUUAAGCAGCAGAUGGAAGAGAAGUUCAUGAUUUCAAACCCAUCCAAGAUUUCCUACGAGCCAAUCACAACAACUCUGAGACGCAAGCAGGAAGAAGUGUCCGCCUCCAUCAUCCAGAGGUGCUAUCGCCGGCACCUGGUGAGGCGACAGAUGAAGGCCGCCUCCUACAUGUACCGUCAGAUCACCACACCCAGACAUGAUCCCAGCGAAGGCGAGGAAGGAGGGGAGGUGGUUUUUGGGGAGGAUGCACCUGAGAAAGAAGGACUGAUAGCCACCAUGAUGAAGGAAAACUAUGGCUCCAGUUUGUUAGGGAUGGAGCACUCCGAGACCAUUUCCUCCACCUCAUCACCGCCGUCCUACGACAGUGUGACCCGAGCAACAUCGGAAAACUUUCAUCCGCUCGCUGCCAAGACAGAAACAGUUGAGGAAACUGCAGGCAGCAAAGUGACAGAACAAUCGCUGGCUGAACCCGACACAAAGAUGGAAACAGAACCUUAGCAGGAACCCAUAAACAAGUUCUGUUGUUUACUGAAUGUACCAUAGCUCUGGAACGUUGACUCAGCAACAGGAAAAAGCUAUGAACUAGGAGUAAUGGAGGAGGGGAAUGACAAAUAAAGGAGAAAGAAAUAUUUACUACCUUUAAUCUUGUUCCACGUUCCUGGUGGAGAUUCUUGAACUCCAAGAAAGAACAUUUUUGGCGAUUCUUAGGAGGAAAACAAAAAACUGUAAAACAGAGAGAGACGCCUCAUCCGUGAAGUCAAUCUGCCUUUUAUUGGAGCAAAAAAACAGGAGCAUAAGGAGUGUGGUUCUGUUGUGUCGGGCAGAGACGGGUGUUCUGGACUCUGAUCCAGUCAGAGUGAUUAUAUCACCCAUCAUUUAUUUGCCCGGGGAGUUAUGUACGCUUGGCUGUAGAGCGACGGGUUUCCUGUCUUCGUUUCUAGACACCUUAACGGUUUCCUGGCUGAGACUUGAGAAAGAAAAGCAACGCUAUUUACAAACAGACCUUUUCGUAGUAAAAGUAUAACGUUGUUGAUGUUACAAGUCUUUUAAUAUCGGUACAAUUAUUACUAUUUUUUAUAUUUUUUAGAGUAAGUUAAAAAUAAGCCUUUGGAGCGGCGCUCGCUGUGAUGAAGUCCCUGAAGUACCGUCUUGUAAUUGAGUGCAGAUGAAAAAUACUGACACCUCAAAAACCUAAAAAAACAACUUCAUCGUUUUAUUUUCUUUUUGGGCGUUUUUUGCACUUUUGAGUUUACAUGUUGCUGUCACUUUACUGCGCCUUUGAUAAAGGGUUGACUUGGUUUCUUUCCUGCUCUGACACCAAAAACUAAUACAAAUGCACAAAACAUUUUCUAUUGGGUCCCAAACUCCUGAUUCGCCUCGGUGGUGAACGUCCAUCAGUCCGUCGACCGGUGGCUGAUUUGUUAAAAAGUGGACAUGAAUGGUAGAUCUUUGCUUUACUGCUCCGCAAGUGGAGAAAAGGGGCAGUGGCUGCUCUGUAGCCGUGGUAACCAAUGAUUCAUGCAUCAGUUUGGACAAAAUCUUUUCAAAUAUUCAUGCAGAUUUAACUUUAGCCAAAAACUGCCGUCAGGUAAUUAACAGUUUAAAUGUUAAGGUAUAAAUGAUUGAAGCUAACACUGAUAUCUUUCUGACUGAUUAACUAUCUGUUCGGUUUGACUUCAGCUCGAUGCACCCAACAACUUUAUCCAAUUUAUCGGAGCCAAGCCUGAUUCAGUACAUCGAGGUGUCAGCCGGUUCUGACCCGGAUGAGACAAUCAGCUCAGGAUUUUACUGCAUUAAGUUUGAAGAAAAGCUGGAUGUUGAUCCUCAUCCUUAGAGCUGUCAGCAGUGUCCUGGAAAAACCUCGGCUAACUGGAAAUGAGCACAGAUGGAGACCGUCUGAAGGUCUCAGGGGGAUAAAUUCUGGGUUACUGUUUUUAUUAGUUUGUUGAUUUCUUUUUCAAGACAUUUUUAUUUCUUCUGUAUAAAUUCUUAUGCAGAUGUAACCCCUUCAAUGCUAAACAUUAAGUAAGACGCCACUGCUUUCAUAUAUAAAUGACUCUGAGGGAUUUUUUCUUUUCUCCCCAAGUCUGGAACAAAAGCAUUUUGUCUCGGCACAAAUAUCUGUAACAAGAGCGUUCUCAUUUAAGCUGUUCACCCUCUGACCACUAGUUGAAAGGUUAAAGUUGAAGUAACUAAAGUUUUCCAUUUCUCCUGUCAAAGAAGUAGCAAACAGCCGAAAACGCAGCUUCCAGAGGAGCAAAACGAUCUUGAUUGGUUUUCAGAAAAGAACAAAAGAUGUGUCUCUCUGUGGUUCCCUGACCCAAUCUACGACCCAAACCUGUUCUAUGAAGGUUCUGAAGUUGAAGCAAAAUCUAAACAAGGAUCAGCAUGUGCUUCAGGUUGGUCAUUGGGGCCUCUGAUCACUGACAUAUAUACCUAGCAGUAAAACUAGAGAACUGGUUGAUUAUUUCUUUGUUGUAACGAUGCUUUUGGAAGUCUUGUUGUUUGCCUUAAAGUGGAGCCACAUUCAUGGGUUGAGCAACAGAGUUUAGGAUGAGGGUUAGGUGCAUGAAAAACUUACCAAAUCAUUUCCGCUAAUACCAAACAGCUUAUGGUGGAGGUGGUGUGAUGGUGUGGGGUGGUGCACCUCAAUCAAUAUAGAGAUGCAGCACCUCACCACCUUCAUUAUUUCCAGAGAGAAACUGAGAUGAGAUUCUGCAGCCACUGGUGAUAUCUGCAAUCUUAGGGACCGAACCCAACCCUCAUCCCCACAGAGCAGAGUGUCUCAGAAGCUACCUCCAGAACCUGCGAGAGGAGAGGACGGAGUGGCGUGCAGUCCAGAACUCAUCCUUCACUGGGUAAGUCUGGGUUUGCUGCCUGUGCCAGAAGGACCAACAGAACCACACCUCCAAAAAAGAAGGAAUAGGAUACCAUCCCACAGCAGUGUGUGACCAAGCUGGUGACCAGCUAAUUAAUAGUUCUCGUUGUUUCAAACUUCAUAUUGUCCAAUUCAGUGAACAACACCACACAAGAGCUAAUGGCUGAAUAAGGUGUCUGGUACUGGACAAGAGGACCCGGUUCCAUUUAAAGGAAAAAACAAGACUUCCAAUGACAUGAGAUUUGUUAGCAAGGAGCAUCGUCCAAUAAUCGACCAAAGACCAACCGUUUGUGCUAAGCUCAGAACAAAAACCUGAAACAUUCAACCAAACUCUGGCUCAGGGAAACACAUCUGCUUUAAGGAGACGGACUUCCUUCCUGUAGGGUGCUGGUAGCGGUCCAGAUGGUGUGGCUCCUCUUUAGGCUUUCAGAACAUUUUCUGCAGAAAGAUUAAAAACAGCUGAAAUGAGAGAGCAGACACAACUGAACAAAAACUGGUUGUUCAAGCAGAUCUAUGUGCUGAGACAUAAAAAAGCUGCUUCGUUGGUUCUCACAGGUCCAGAAUUUAAGCAGAACCAGGAAAUGGGCAGAAGCUGCUGCAGGUUUUUCUUGGACACUAAAAUCUUUUUCUGCUCAGUGAUAUGAAGCGUUUUAUUUCAGCAGUUUGGAAACAUUUAAACGCUUUGUGAAGAAAACAAUGGAUCGAAUGAUUAAAAGUGAAUUUUUCCAACAGGAAAAACCCUUUUUAGACUUUAAUCAACCUUAAUUUAUUUAUUUAUUUCUUAUUUAUUCUCCGAUUGACUGUUUUUGGGUUGAAGGAGAAAUGAAUGCUGAGCGAGGCUGCUCUUUAUCUAUUUGCACAAAGAAACUCAAAUCAAAAGACAAACUGCGUAGAGCAAUAACUGAUUGCUGAAAGCGUGUUGGAGAGUUUGAAGGUAACGUUUAACUUGGGAGCCUUUCUUCUGACUGGAUGAACCUCUGGAUUGACAGGAGCAACAUUGACACUUUGAGCAUCGGGGCAUUUCUGAGGACCUUGUGUGGCGAUGCAGCACUGAUACGUUGUUUCUGUGGAUUCACAGCCAGUCCCACGCAGCCAUCGCAGGAACUGGAAAUGUUUUCAUGGAGCUGAAGUGUACAGCGUUUGUUCUGUCUGUUUGUUCUCACCUGAGGGAUCUUUACUAAACAACGCUUUAAUAAACACAUUUUAAAUAUGACAAAAAGGUUCUCCUGGCCCCAUCUGGACUCUAUUUCUACUAGGAGGAUAGAUGACCAUGUAAAUUAGGUAAUAACAACACUGCUGAACUCUGCUGCCAGGCGUUUUUCAGGUUGCAGUUGUGCUGAAGGGCUGUUUUCAGUAGCAAUAGACCCAGAGUGUGCCUGCGAUUCAUGAAGCCAACACUCCAAGCCAUGUUUUCUCAUCCCCGACCCAACGAUUCAUUGACUGAUUGAUGAACUGACUGGCUGAUUUACUGAAUGGCUGCUGUAACAUGUUGGAUGAUGAGUUUACUGUCAUGGUUUUGAUAAUUAACAGCUUCACAGUCCCCCGCCCCCUCUUCCUCAGAGGUUGGGGAAACGGUUGAUUGGAUGAUUGGGUGGUGACACUUUAAAACCAUCAGAAAGGUUCAGAUUCACUGAAAUCAACAUUUUAUCACAACAUGCAGAACAACAUAAUCAUAACUUCUAGAGUUUGGGUUUAAAAAUGUCCACAUGCACAGAAAGCAUGAAAGCUGAGAAUCAGUUCAGUGUCUCCACACCUGCUGCACAGUGGUGCUGUGGUCAGCACUGUGGACCUGCAGCAAGAAGGUUCUAGGUUCGAAUCUUUCUGCAUGGAGUGCAUGAGUGGGUCCUCUGGCUUCCCCCGAGAGUCCAAAAACCUGACUGUAGACGAUGAUGGAUGGGAAGGUUUUACAUGUGCAUGAAAAGAAAUCAUCUGAUCUGGCUUUAGGGUGGAGACCAUACAAAGAAGACACCGACAAAAAACACAGACGCUCUGAGCCAAGGGGUACUUUCUAUAGGGAAACAAGGUUAACAAUACUGCAAAACAAUAGCAGUGGGCCAGGGAUACUUUCUAUGGCAACGAAAAAAUAAGGACAACACAGAGUAAAUAAUGGUGAUAGAUCUGUCAGGGGGUUUGUCCAGGAAAGAAACAAAACUAGGCCAGGGAUACUUUCUGUUAGAGAGAAGAGCAUAGACAGCACACACAGUUAAAAUCUUGUUAAAGUGGAGGAGUCAGGGGUACUUUCUAUUGGAAGGAGACACAGAGAACACAGAGGUAAUGGCAUCAGUAGCUCUGUCAAAGCAAUAGUAAAAUAUAAACCUUAAGCCGUCCCAUUGAACCUGGAGCUGUACUGACGAGAGGCUGAGCAGACCGGGUCAGUCACUGCUGCUUCUAGCUGUUUUAUGUCUAUGUCAAUAUCAGUCAGUCUAGAACUCUGUUGCUAUUUUCAGGCGUCUCUUUUCCUAAACAAAGCAAACUGUUGUUGAGUGCCUUAUCUGACUCACUUAGCAGCAAAAUGCACAAAUCAGAGCUUGUUUCAGUGAAUCUGGACCACUGAUUCUGGUUCGGCCCGAGCACAAAAUCCCAUCUGAACAUUCCCAGUCAGGUUUUUAUUAGGAAGACAAAUCUGAGCUGUUAAUUUGGAAAGGGAACCAUUUGACCCAUGGUGCUGAUGAAGGGUUCAGAGAAGUCCAUGUUUGGAUCAGAGGGGGUUCUGAGACUGGGAACCUGCUCCUUCCUACCGUCCUUCCCUGUUUCUAAACCAAAAGCUGCUUCUUCACCACAAACAUCCAAACAUGGAGAAAAUGCACAGAAAACAUGAUUUCUUCUUCAUUCUUCUUGUUGUUCCUAUUUAUUGUGUAAUAGAUGCAAUAUAGGCGUUGUGUUACAGGCAGUGAGUGAUGCUCUAUCUUCUUCACCAAUGAGGACAAUAAUACCAAUAGUAAUGAUGUUUUGAGGUUUUUGUGGACUUUUCCAGACAUCAUCUCACUGCUUCAACCACCGUCGCUCCGUUUACACCGCAGCUGGUUUCACAGCGGCUGUCGACCCCUUUUCACUCGAUUUCCAUAUCAGUCCUGCAGAAACCUCAUAUGUCAGUAGAGCUGCCUUGUUCAGGUUGGCAGGUGGACAACAGGUUGGAGGCUUUUCCUUCCUGACGCCUGAAUGUCUUUUAUUCAGGACAAACCCCACAGGAAAAGUCCCUGCAUCGUAGAUUCUGUUAGAGCUAAAGCAACGCUGCUAAACCUGGAAAACAAUCUGAAAAUAUAAAUCAGGACGUAGGAGAUAAGAGGUUCCCUGAAACAAGUAGUUUAAUUGCAUACAUGCUGGAAACAAGUAGAAGCUAUAAAUCCCAGCUGGGAGUAAAAACCUUGUAACUCAGAGAAAAAUCCAAGUUAAAAGAUGUUUUUAUUCCUCUUCAGAGUUAAAAACGAGUCUGAAGCUUCUCUGCCGACAGCCGGUGAAACCUCGGUGUAAAAGAGGCGAAAGCUGUGUCUCAGUGACCCCACCCUGCUAUUUUAGACACAAUAACUUCUAUUAUAACAUGAAGAUAUAUACACAUAAUUAUAUACAUAUACUUUUUAGUACUUUGAGUUGAAAUACUUUUUAGUAUUUUGCAAAUAAAAUGUCUCUGUAUAUAAAAGAAAAGCCUCCUGUAAUAAAUGAGCAGAAAUUUAAUACUCAA